CAGAAACCGUUUUCAAAAUCAAAACAUUGCCGGAUCGCGAUGAAAACCAACGAAAAAGUGAAAAUUGUUGGAGAAAAAGUCAUUUUGGUCCCUUAUGAGGCGAAACAUGUUGCUAAAUAUCACAAUUGGAUGGAAAGUGAGGAGCUGCAAAAGGCAACAGCUUCGGUGAGAUUGACUUUGGAGCAGGAAUAUGCGAUGCAAAAGUCAUGGCGCGAAGAUGAAGACAAAUGCACUUUUUUGAUCCUCAGCAAGGAGCGUUUCGAUGCAACAAAUGAUGAAAUCGCGUCCCUUAUCGGUGACACAAAUCUUUUUAUCCUCCCAGAUGAUGAAGACUCGGGCAUCGGAUCAAUUGCUGAGGCAGAAAUAAUGAUUGCUGAAACGGAUUUCAGGAGAAAAGGAUGCGGGCUUGAAGCAAUGACGCUGAUGAUACUUUAUGGCAUUGAACAUCUCAGGAUUAAACAUUUUUUGGCGAAAAUUGGGCUGGAGAAUGAAAGUAGCAUCAAAAUGUUUCGAGAAAAACUGCUUUUUACGGAGGAUAGUCGCUCAGAGGUUUUUCAGGAAGUCACGUUGUCGAAAGAAGUUGAUGAGGAAUAUUUGAGAACGUUGAAAAAUCGGGUGAAAUUCAGUUUAGAAGAAUAUACGAGUUGAAAAAUUUAAAUUUUUUACGGAUUUUUACUUCAAUAGAUUUAAAAUUGUUGAAAAUUUUGAAAAUUUAAGAAAAAAAUUUUUUUGAGCAAAAAAUUAAUUUUUAAAAGUUGAAUUUAAAAAAAAUAUAUAAUUUUUUUAAAUGCU